GACUUGACCGGAGCUUUUUGUCUCCGCCCCUUGCAGUUGCCGCCUGCUCUGGUCCGCUUUCCAGGCGAGGCGCAGUUAAAUUCGAACAAGCCUAGUGAUUCAAACUAAGCAGUACUAUACAGGGGAACAGUACCGUAAAGUAAAACUGUGUAUACCUACUUUUCUUCCGAGCAGCGUGACACGUCGCAGAGUUUGGAGCAUGGCUGAUAAAGAGGUGUAUGACGAUGCAGUGGAAGAAAGGGUCAUCAAUGAGGAGUACAAGAUUUGGAAGAAAAACACACCUUUCCUAUAUGAUCUGGUGAUGACUCAUGCGCUGGAGUGGCCCAGCCUUACUGUCCAGUGGCUUCCAGAUGUCAGCAGGCCAGAAGGGAAGGACUACACCGUCCACAGGCUGGUUUUGGGGACCCAUACAUCAGAUGAGCAAAACCACCUCGUGAUUGCCAGUGUCCAGGUACCAAACGAUGAUGCCCAGUUUGACGCCUCGCACUAUGACAGUGAGAAAGGAGAGUUUGGUGGAUUUGGUUCAGUAAGUGGAAAAAUAGAGAUUGAGAUCAAGAUCAACCACGAAGGUGAGGUUAACCGAGCCCGCUACAUGCCCCAGAAUCCCUGCAUCAUUGCCACCAAGACUCCCACUUCUGAUGUGCUCGUCUUCGACUACAAUAAGCACCCAUCUAAGCCAGAUCCCAGUGGGGAGUGCAGUCCUGACUUGAGACUGAAAGGCCACCAGAAAGAAGGGUAUGGCCUUUCCUGGAAUCCUAAUCUCAGUGGCAACCUCCUCAGUGCUUCCGAUGACCAUACAAUUUGUCUAUGGGACAUUGGGGCUGGCCCCAAGGAAGGGAAGAUUGUGGAUGCCAAGACCAUCUUCACUGGCCACACAGCAGUGGUAGAAGAUGUUUCCUGGCAUUUGCUCCACGAAUCCUUGUUUGGUUCGGUGGCUGACGAUCAGAAACUCAUGAUAUGGGAUACCCGGUCCAACAACACAUCCAAAGCCAGCCACGCAGUAGAUGCUCACACUGCUGAGGUCAACUGUCUGAGUUUCAACCCCUACAGCGAGUUCAUUCUUGCUACUGGUUCUGCUGAUAAGACUGUUGCACUGUGGGAUCUAAGAAAUCUCAAACUGAAGCUCCACUCCUUUGAGUCCCACAAAGAUGAAAUUUUCCAGGUACAAUGGUCUCCUCACAAUGAGACGAUCCUGGCCUCCAGUGGCACGGACCGACGUCUCAAUGUCUGGGAUCUGAGUAAAAUUGGUGAGGAACAGUCAGCAGAAGAUGCUGAGGAUGGCCCACCAGAACUGCUGUUCAUUCACGGCGGCCACACAGCCAAGAUCUCUGACUUCUCCUGGAACCCCAAUGAACCAUGGGUGAUCUGUUCAGUGUCCGAGGACAACAUCAUGCAAGUCUGGCAGAUGGCGGAGAACAUCUACAAUGACGAGGAGGCAGACAACACCCCUGCAUCAGAGCUGGAGGCCUAGUGAGCGGAACUCGGAUGGGCAUGAGCUUCUCUGCAGGGACCCCUCAUCCACUCCCUGAGCUCUCAGUCAGCCUGGCGUUUCCUUCUCUGGCUUAUCUCAAGUGCAAAAUAAAAAGUCUGCUCUCCACAUCAAAGUACAACGUGGACAGUAAGAGAUGGAAUGGACCACCCCUCCUCCCUCCUCUAACAGACAGCUGGAUUCAGUCUCCUGAAUCCUGAAUCCUGCUUACACCUCACUAUGACCCGGGUACCCACAAGCAUUUCAGCACUUGGAAUAGGAUGACAGUUUUCUACGCAUCAGAGCCAAGUUCCGGCUGUACCAGUAGUUUGUUAAACGUCCUGCCCGUAUCAAUUAAUCAGCCAGGCCACUGAACUGAACUUGUUGUUAAGACCAGUUCAUUUUGAAAGGCUCAUUGACAGAAAACGUGAAAGUCUUAUUUUACAUUUUGACUUAUUGGUAGCCAGAAAACCACUAUAUAGUCACAUUCCCCCAAGAUGUUAGCUGUGUAAGAAAACCUGGACACUGGUUAUCUGAGUACCGAAGUUGUUUUGGGAAACCUGACCUACAUCUGUCAAAACUGUGUCAUGGGUUGAAAACAGUGGGCAUGUCCAGGGAGAUGGUUUUUUCAUACCUUGUUUCCCAACUCGUGGUGGCGUUUGUUACAAAAUAUUAUUCGCAACUGACACUUCUUGGCUGUCCUUAAAAAAACAAACAACAACAAAAAAAAACAUUCCCUGUUCAUAAGGUACAGAAACUUCAGUAUUUUUGCUUGAGUGAACAGUGUGGGACUAAACGAGUGCACUUGAAGGAAAUGCAAAUCUUUCUUUUUCUUCUCUUUUGUGUUCUUACAUAAUGUGAAAUUGUCAUGUUUUGUUUCCUGCACUACAAAUUGCAAUAAAACUUUUAUAACUUUA